CCUUUAUAUUUUUUAAGACUCAAUAAAUUGCCCACUUCUUUCCCAAAAUGAGAUGUCUGUUGGGGUGGCCCUUGUCGCUCCGUGUGCCAAGGGUCCUCCGAUUGCUAAGGACACAGCGGUGAGCAGAGAAGGCAGGUGAGGAACUGCACGGACUCAGCUGCAGAGGGCGGCGGCAGCCCGCCCCUGGGGCGGGGGAAGUGGAGGUGCCGGGAGACAUCAGGAAGCCCUUCCCUCCCCGGGCACGUAACAGAGCUGGGAGCCUGGCUGCCAGAGGUUUGUCAUCGCCGGGGCGGUCUGGGAGCGCUGCGGCGCCGCGGCAGGAGAAACAGCCAAGGACGCCCUGGAAGAGCAGGAGCACGUGGGCGAGAAUGGCGCCAACACCAGCCCUGCAAAACCACAUCCCAGAGCGGGGCCCAGGACAGCCACCAUUACCCCGCAGGCCUCAAGGAAGACGGUCAAGUCAGCCAAGGCCGCCUCCCUAGUCAGGAGCCUCCCAAAGCGCAGGCGCACCUACCCGGGGGGCGCGGCUGGGCGGAGUCAAGAGCCGGAAGAGCCUUGCGCCGCAGUCCUUCCCCGGAAACCCGCGGGCCGGAAGUGUCGGGAGUUCCAGCUCAGAACCCCGGGUUGCUGGGCAACCGAUGCGGCCGCUGCAGCUGGUCUCUGUGGUGCUGGGAGCGAGCCCAGUGUAGCUCCCACCUCCUACGCUGGUAACCUCCCGUCCCGCCCGCUUCCCUUGUUAUCGCUUCUCCUCGCGUCGGGGAAUCCUUGCCCUUGGCACUACUUACAUCUCUCCGGGUCCCACGACACCUUAACGCCUACCUGCGUCAAAGCCAAGCUCCACCGAAAGCGAGGCAGUCUGCCCCCGGACAUGACUUCGGCGCUGACUGAUGGCACCUCUCGGGCCCCGAGCACCUACACCUACACCAGCCGGCCCCGAGCACUGCCCUGCCAGCGCAGCCGUUACCGGGACAGCCUGACGCAGCCAGAUGAAGAACCUAUGCGUUAUGGAAACAUAAUGUAUGACAGAAGGGUAAUUCGAGGCAACACUUAUGCACUCCAGACAGGGCCACUGCUCGGACAGCCUGAUUCUCUAGAGCUUCAGAGACAACGGGAGGCUAAGAAGAGGGCUCUUGCCAGAAAACAAGCCCAAGAGCAGCUCAGACCACAAACACCUGAACCUGUGGAAGGCAGAAAGCAUGUCGAUGUGCAAACAGAAUUAUACCUUGAAGAAAUUGCUGAUCGCAUAAUAGAAGUUGAUAUGGAAUGCCAAACAGAUGCAUUUUUGGACAGACCACCAACACCACUCUUUAUUCCUGCCAAAACUGGCAAAGAUGUGGCCACCCAGAUACUAGAAGGAGAGCUCUUUGACUUUGAUCUUGAAGUUAAACCAGUGUUAGAAGUUUUGGUGGGGAAGAUAAUUGAGCAGUCUCUUCUGGAAGUAAUGGAAGAAGAAGAGCUGGCUAACCUGCGGGCCAGUCAGCGUGAGUAUGAAGAACUACGGAAUAGUGAACGUGCUGAAGUUCAACGACUUGAAGAGCAAGAGAGGCGACACCGAGAAGAAAAAGAACGGCGUAAGAAACAGCAGUGGGAAAUAGUGCACAAGCACAAUGAGACAUCACAAAAAAUCGCCGCCCGAGCAUUUGCACAGCGUUACCUGGCUGACCUUCUCCCGUCUGUUUUUGGCAGCCUCAGGGAUAGUGGCUACUUUUAUGAUCCCAUUGAAAGAGAUAUUGAGAUAGGAUUUCUUCCAUGGCUAAUGAAUGAAGUUGAAAAAACCAUGGAAUAUAGCAUGGUGGGAAGAAUAGUGCUUGACAUGUUGAUCCGUGACGUGGUUGAAAAGAGACUGUAUAUGUAUGAGCAUAAGGAAGAAACACAUCAGUCUCCAGAACCAGAGGAUGAGCCUGGUGGCCCUGGAGCAGUGACAGAGUCACGGGAGGCCUCUGAAUUCCUGGAGCAGAGCAUGUCACAGACGCAGGGGCUGCUUUUAGAUGGAGACUACGUACAAAGAACAACAUAUGACAGAAGGUCAUCCCAGGAAAGGAAGUUUAUGGAAGAGACAGAGCUAUUAGAGCAGGAUGAAGAAUCAGCAAUGAGGAAGUCCUUAGAGGAGGAAGAAUUGUCAUAGGAGGGGAGCUUCGAAGUCAUGAAACCAAUCAACAGCCAAGUCAGCAAGCAAUCAGGUAAUGAUGCGCGAGUCCCCUCAGGUUAUAGAAAUUAUGUUGUAUUUAGUCAAUAUGUCUUUUUGUCUAAUGGACUGGGCCAAUCAAAUGUGAUAAAAUAAAGCUAAUUUGAAAAUGAAACUAAUUGAAUUCAUUUAUUUAAUAGAAUAUUCAAAGGCUACAUUGUAAUUCUAAUGAGAAUUAUAUUUAAUUACUAGCUUUCUAUUACCAUUAUAUGUAACCAGCAAAUAUACUUUUCCUUAGUCCUUCUAA